AUGGAGGCCGAGCAUUGGAGGACAGAGGCGGGCGACUACUCGUCGGAGGACGAGGGCACCGACGAUUACAGGAAAGGAGGCUACCACGCCGUCCUGAUUGGUGACUCCUUCAAAAAUGGGCGCUACGUUGUUCAGACCAAGCUCGGUUGGGGCCACUUCUCCACCGUCUGGCUCGCCUGGGACACUCACUCCUCCCGUUAUGUAGCUUUGAAGAUUCAGAAGAGUGCUAAGAUGUACACCGAAGCGGCAAUGGAUGAGAUUAAGAUUCUCAACCAGAUUGCUGAGGGAGACCCCGGUGAUGAGAAAUUUGUUGUCAAGCUUUUGGACAAUUUUAAGCAUUUAGGUCCGAAUGGGCAGCAUGUUUGUAUGGUUUUCGAGUAUCUUGGGGAUAAUCUUUUGACUGUUAUUAAGUAUAGUGAUUAUAGGGGGACGCCGUUGCAUAUGGUUAAAGAGAUUGUGUUUCAUAUAUUGGUGGGUUUGGAUUACUUGCACCGUCAGCUUUCGAUUAUACAUACUGAUUUGAAGCCGGAGAAUGUGUUGCUUUUGUCGAUGAUUGAUCCGUCUAAAGAUCCAAGGAAAUCAGGUGUUCCUCUUGUCCUUCCAACUGGAAAUGAUAAGACUGCGACGGUUUCUGGGGCUUCAAAAGAUGUUAAGAAGUCGAAUGGGGAUCUUACCAAGAAUCAGAAAAAGAAGAUUCGGAAAAAGGCUAAGAAGACAACUCAGGGUUGUGGAGGGAUGGAAACCUCUGAGGAUGCUGAGGCAGAUUCCUCCGUAGUUAGUCCAGAUGAUUCUAUUAACGAAGUGAAAUCAAAUGGGAAUGCUGUGGAAGAACAAGUGAAGAAUUCUGUUGUUAAGGAUGAAUCAACUUCUGGUGAAGAAGUAAAAGACAAUCACCAAGGGAAUAAAGAUCAGAAAAGACCAGACCCUUCAACAAGGAAGAAGCUGAUCGCAGCUGCAGACCUCAAAUGCAAAUUGGUUGAUUUUGGAAGUGCUUGUUGGACAUAUAAGCAAUUCACAAGUGAUAUACAGACAAGGCAGUACAGAUGCCCGGAAGUUAUUCUUGGAGAUAAAUACUCUACUCCAGCAGAUAUGUGGUCAUUUGCUUGUGUUUGCUUUGAGCUAGCCACUGGUGAUGUUCUUUUUGAUCCACACAGUGGUGACAAAUAUGACAAAGAUGAGGACCACCUGGCAUUGAUGAUGGAACUUCUUGGAAAAAUUCCGAAGAAGAUUGCAUUAGGUGGUCGCCAUUCACGAGACUUCUUUAACCGAUCUGGGGAUUUGAAACAUAUCCGGCAAUUGCGUUUCUGGCCUCUUAAUAAGGUGCUAAUGGAAAAGUACAAUUUCAGCGAGCAAGAUGCAAAUGACAUGACUAACUUUCUAGUGCCCAUACUUGAUUAUGUCCCUGAAAAGAGGCCAACAGCUGCGCAGUGCCUCAGCCAUCCAUGGCUCAAUCCAGGUCCACGGCUUCUUGAGCCUUCUAUGGCUGGAAAUGGUAGUAUUUUGGAGAAGAGGGAGGUUGAUGAGAAGGAAGCAAUGGUGGCAGGAAUGGCGAACAUAGCCAUUGAUGAAUCUUCAAAACAUGUUAAGGACUCCCAACAUGUACCACAUUUGUGACGACAGUGGUGGAUUCAGGUGUUAUACUAUGUUGUAUUCUUGCCACUUGUUUUCUUAUAGUUUUCUCACUUUCCACAGUUCAUUUUUUUUUGUCCUGGGGAUGUGUAUCUUUGAUUAAUGCUAACCAGUUGUAAUGCAAUUUGUCUGCCCAUUUUUGGAACACACAAUAUCAUUGUUCAUUUACAAUUU